AUGGCGCCCCGACUGGUUAUAAAAUGCCCUCCACCUCUCCCAAUCCUGCCCUCCCUUCCUCCAAGUCUUCUCCGAAUUCUCCUACCACCAUCAACUGCAACUCCUAACCCACAGCUUUCUGGAAAAGCUUCCAUGCCUUUCGACAAGCUCGGCGAGAUGGACGAAUUUGUCCUAGACGAGAAGCUGGACGAGCUGGACGAGAUGAUCAAAGUUCUCAAGGCGGAAAAGAAGAAACUGAACGAGAAGAAGAUGCAGAGCAGAAAUGGUCGACCUGAGAGAUACAGAGCGCAGGCGCUCUCCACCUUCAAUCGGGAACCAGUUCCCCCUGCUCAACGCUGCCUCACUCAGCUGGAGGCGAGCGUCUAUCAUUACCCGGUGGUUCUUUCGACCAUCCUUUUCGCUCGGUUCGUGACUUUCAAAAUCCCAGUCAAGAGCCUCAAAAUCACAUCUCUAACUUACGUCUCAUUUGGCAGAGACUUGACACCCUUGGAAUCCUUUGGAUACCGGGAGCUUCCCGUCUGCUUUGCUGACGAGGAUUUCCGCUUCGACGAGCACUUCCUGAAUAACAAGGCCGGACUAGAGGAAACCGUUCCACUCCAAGUGCACCCGGACCAUGUGAUGGUGAUGGUGAGAGACAAGGACGAGAAGACUGACAGGAUGAUCGAUUACCUGGCAAUAUUCUUCGACCAGCUCCUGGAACGGGAAGUCCUGGGUUUUCAAUUCGUGGUCGGCAGAGGAUGGGGAGAUGGCUCUCGUGUCUACGAGACGUAUACCAUCUCGAUCGACUACAGUGGCGGACGUGGACCAUCAGACCGGAAAGGGAUGAAGGUGGACAUUCAUGAUCCCAAGGAGGAUCUGAAGGACUCCCUCCGGGUCAAAAAAGACAUCGUGGCCAUGGUUCGCUACAUCCUCAUGUGCACUAACCGACGGAGUGCUUUGCCAAAUGAACGAUCUUGCCACUUCCAUCCCUUCGUUCCUCCUUACGCCGCGGAGGCUGAACGCGGUCAGAACUUCGAUAAGUCGUGGGAAAGGGAACUACGCUACCCAGUGAUUCCCGGAUGGCGCAGAGAGACCAUCCAUUCCCGGUUCAUUGACACCGGAUUCUACGGGUAA